UCAAUUUCAAACUUUUAGGAAGGGACAAUGUACGGAAGUGGUUGUUUGGGAUCAUGUCGAGCCAUCUAUCCUCGACCUGUCACUCAACUGGAUGUCCAGAGACGCACGGUCAUGCAUGGAGAGAGCUAUGAAGGACAUUCGAAUUCUGACAGCUAACUAGGAGCUAGCUUGUUGGCCUACACAGCAUAAGUAUACCAUUAACAUAUCAAAUGAUCAUGCGCAUCCUUUUUAGCAUUUAUACAAGACAAGUUUGCGCUCACCUCUACUUUGUGAUUAAGUUGAAAAAUCGUCUGGGCUUUGUGGCAAAGCUGAGCAAAACAGGAGCUGAGACUUGUCAUCUUUUGACGACCCUCGUAUGUGAUGUCAGCUUGAUCUGGGUCGAUUUCUCCAAGUAGUAAAUCGACGUCAACAAACGCCUUGUCAAACUCCUUCUCCAGAACCUCAAGCCACCGAAACAUGGACAUCCCCGUGCCUGGACUGACCAGGGCCGUGCCCUGGGCUGACGGAGAGGCACCGGCCGAGGCAGACAUGUCCAACAGUGCAGGCUAAAAGCUAAAGCUAGCCGACUAACCGAUUCCCUUCACAAAUAAAAUAAGCGCUUUGUUUCCGCCACCCUGUAUAAGUUAACUGAGUCGUAAUACCAGAGUCACACUGUACUCUAAAUGCCCUAAUCAUACGAAAAUGUUUAUUUUCAGAAAAGACUAGCUAAAAAAAUGUAUUUGGUUCUUUCCCAAAACCCUAAUCCUACCAGGAAAUCCGAAAUCGGAUACGGAUCAUAGCUAUGAAUCGACUACAACAGUCUGCCACACAACAGAAAAAAAGCAAUCGAUAGCAUAUCUAAUCAAUCUGUGUCGAGUUCUUGGGGGCAGUUUCCUGCCACUCCUUAUACUGGCAGACAGUAGCAUAUAUUAUUGUACCUUUGUCGUUGACAAUUGCAGUUGAAUGCUUUGCUUUUCACUCUUGUUUUUGGUGGCCACUCCCUGUGUCUAAAAUAUCUUGUUGGAGAGUGUAAACAUUUCUUAUGUCAUUGUAGGCAUGGUUUGAGUGGCUCUGCAGACAGUAUUACAUAUUUUACAUAGCUACUUUUUGCAUUAAAUAAAUAAUUUUUAAUUGUAUUUGCUAACCUUUUAUCUCACACCAUUGUUGUUGGGAUAAUCAGACACAUUUUAUUUAUUUAAUGUUCAUGAGAGAUAAAUAUACAUUUCCUGUGUGGCACUACAGAAGGCAAUCCUUCAGUUAAAAGACAAGUGGUCGUUGUUCAUUAAUCUGUAUUCAAUUUUACUAAUAAUAUAUGCCAUUUAGCCUUCACUUUUAUCCAAAGCGACUUAGUCACAAGUGCAUGCAGUAAUCAGGGUUAAGGUAGUUCAUCUAACAUAUCUUAAAACAUAACAUGCAAAUAUAUGGCAACUCCUUCAAGACAGUGGCAGAAAGAGUAUUCAAAUAGACAGAGGAGGAAAUUGUAUUUGUUUAACUGAAUGGGUUGUAAAUGGUUUAUCAGCAAGUUUCUCACGUCCGCAAACAGAAGGGCUAUCUAUUACUGUUUGUGUCAGUUCCUUGUCGGUGUCAAAUGUUGUUUUUUAACCAAGAUAAACAUCUCUGCCAUUGUUCCAAAUGAAACAGAGCACCUACUCUCUCCCACAUAAUCCUUGCUGAGGUAUUUAAACCCCAGAGCAAGAGGGAGUGCUGUUCUUUUUUACUGAGAUGCCCAACUAGGCUGGGUGUUCAUGAUGUGGUUUCUCAUGAUCUUGCUGGCAAGUAUUACAUUGCAUACGCUCGUGUGCAUCUGUAGCAAUGUCUGUCCAAAGAAGUGUGUGUGUGAUAGUGCAAAGUCAGUGCAGUGUUUCAGGUUGCAGUCUUUUCCCACUGGAAUCACUAAAGAUGUGAGGAAACUAAACCUGGGAUACAACCACAUCAAGCAACUAAAGGGUAGAGACAUAUCUGGCCUGACAGAGCUGGAGGAAGUGAUAAUUUCAUCCUGUGGAGUGGAGGUGGUGGAGGUCAAUGCUCUCAGGGCUCAGGGGCUACUAAGAAGCCUGGAUCUACAGAAGAAUAAACUGCAUCAGAUCCCCCGUGGUCUCCCACCCAGCCUGGAGACCCUCAACGUGGGCCACAACAGGAUCACAGGCCUCCAGGAGUCUGUCUUUGAGGGGCUGAAGAAACUACGCCUGCUUGAUCUUCAGAACAACCAGAUCACCAACCUGCGUUCCAACACCCUCUCCACCCUGAAGAAGUUGGAGUGCCUUUACCUGGAUGGAAAUCAAAUUGAGACAGUUCAAGGUGCUCUGAGACUCCCCCAACUGAAUCUGUUGAGCUUGGGGAACAACAAGAUCCCCUGUUUUCCCUCAUCCUUUUUCACACCACUACAGUCCUUGACGACACUGCGUUUACCAGGGAACCUCCUAUCAAGAGUCCCACUUGAUCUCCCUCACGCCCUGUCCUACCUGAACUUGGACAGGAACCAAAUACGAGCACUGAGAAACCGCGAGAUGGGCCAACUCCGCAACCUCACGUCUCUGUCUGCGUCCUACAAUAGGUUGGUUUCUGUGGAUGGUGGCCUUCGCUUGCCCAACCUCACAGUGCUGGAACUGCCAGGAAACCAGCUGAGGGUGCUGCCCAGUAGACUUAGCCCCAAACUGGAAAAACUGGACUGCAGACAGAACUCCAUUCAGGAAGUCACCUUCCAGCACCUGUCUGGAAUGAAACAGCUGAAGCAUCUCUUCCUAGAGAAUAACACCAUCUGGAACUUUGAAGCUAAUGCUCUGAGGAACAGUGUUCACAUAACCAACCUGGCUCUGGAACAGAAUCUCCUCUCCUCUAUUCCAGACGGGCUUCCAGAGAGUCUGAUCCGCCUGGACUUGAAAGGGAACCGCAUCGAGGCCGUCCAGGAGCAGGAGCUGAGAUCCCUGAAGCGCCUGCAGGUGUUGAACUUGAGGAGAAACAAGCUGACCUCCCUCCCCCAGAUCACCCUGGAUCUGCUUCCACGGCUGAGGACCGUCUACCUAGAUGGGAACCCCUGGAACUGCAGCUGUGAGCUCCUGGGGGUCAAGAGGACCCUGCUGGCCAGGAGGGUGGAGAUCCCUAAAGAGCUGUGUAACGAGCAUGUGAGUGCGCCGGGGGACAGCUGGAGAGCGUACCUGAUGGCCCAGGACAGAUGUGAGGAGUACUUCAUGGAAACCGCCCCUGAGGACCAAGUGGAGCAGACAGACACUGAGGAGUAUUAUGACUAUGAUUCGUAGAUGGAGAAAAUAAAUGUAGCAGGGGAAUUUCAUGUUUAGCUGAACAUACGGGGUAUUUUGAAUGUUUUAACAUUUUACCGUAGUUUGGCAAUUAAUACUAAGGAAGUUACCUUUAGCUGUGUAGUCAAUAGAAAAACAUUAAACUACUGUAUUAACAAACAGCUAUUGCAAUAUACAUUGGUAGAUAGGUAUAUGUAGAAUAUACCAUAAAUACCUAAUGUAUAAUAACAUAAUAAUAAAUAAACAAGUUUCAUUACAGUUUUCAUUUA